UUGCCAGCACUAUCGUCCGCUGUUUUAUUUAUGUUUGCGAUGGGAAAAUUGUGUUGUUAAUAGUGCUUAAAUAGAUACAUAAUACACUUAAAGGGCGUUUCGGGCGGUCCUACAUGCACUCCACACAAGUGCAGCCAUAGUAAACGAGCAUUGCGGGCGUUUCGUGACUUGGCGUUCGCAUCGACCAGAAAUAGAAAAUCAGGCAGUUUUUAUACCUGUAAUAUACACAUAUGUAUAUAUAGUGAAAAGCGUGCUUUCCUUGGUAUAUAACUAAUAGUGUAUAUAAUUAUAAGUGUGUUCGGGCCGAGGAAAAAGUGAUAAAAACAACGAGCUGCAGGGAGAGAGAGCGGAGCAGAAGGAAAAUCCACUAUUACUCACGCUUCUAUUUCCUGUCGACGAACGAACGACCACCACCACAACGAAAACAACAACAAACGGAGCAACAAAUGUUUGUACAAACGAAGCGUAGCUGAAGUUGAAGAAACUAGAGCGGACCCGCAGCAGCAGCAGCAGCCUUGAAGAGCCAACAAUGGAGCAGCCACUGAUGGUGCAGGCGGAGUACUCCUUCAUGGGCAGCAACAACGAUGAGUUGUGCUUCCAAAAAGGCGACAUUAUCACGGUCACCCAGCGGGAGGAUGGCGGCUGGUGGGAGGGUACGUUGAACGACAAGACUGGCUGGUUUCCCAGCAACUAUGUCAACGAGUGCAAGGUGCAGCUGCCACUGGCGGAGACUAUCCGGCCACCGGAGGAGAUCCAGGAGUACCGUUCGGUGGUGCUCAAGGAUCUGCUAGACUCGGAACGAGCCCAUGUGGCCGAGCUGCAGGGUCUGCUCGAGAAUUUCCUGGAGCCCAUGCAACAGACGCAGAUACUCAGCCAGGAUGAGUACUCUCAGUUGAUGUGCAACUUUGUGGAGAUUGUUCGCACACACGAGGAUCUGCUGAUACAGAUUGAGGAGUGCAAUGAUCGUGUGGGCAAGCUAUUUCUUACCAGUGCUCCCUUGAUGAAGAAGGUCCACCAGGCCUACUGUGCAGCCCAUCCCAAGGCGAUUGUCAUAUUGGAUAAAUACAAGGAUGAACUGGAAAAGUAUAUGGAGCGGCAGGGUGCUGCCACGCCUGGCUUACUCGUUCUCACCACGGGUCUCUCGAAGCCCUUCCGUCGCCUGGAUAAAUACUCGGCCAUGUUGCAGGAGCUGGAGAGGCAUAUGGAGAGCAGUCAUCCGGAUCGAGGGGAUACCCAGCGGAGUGUGGCUGUCUAUAAGGAUAUAGCUGCCACCUGUUCAGCCACGCGGCGGCAGAAGGAACUGGAACUGCAAGUGCUGACGGGUCCGGUGCGUGGUUGGCAGGGCCAGGAGCUGAGCACACUGGGCGACAUAAUACACAUGGGUAGCGUGGCUGUGGGAGCUGAUCAUCGCGAUCGUUACUUUGUACUCUUUCCCCAAACAUUGCUCUUCCUGAGUGUGAGUCAAAGAAUGAGUGCUUUUAUCUACGAGGGUAAGCUCCCUCUGACUGGAAUCAUUGUGAACAGGCUGGAGGACACGGAUGCCAAAAAUGCCUUUGAGAUAAGCAGUCCUCUAAUUGAUCGCAUCGUGGCUGUUUGUCAGGGUCCCAACGAGGCCAACAAGUGGGUGGAGCUACUCAAUGCUAAUAAUCCCAGCCUGCCGAUGGGCAUCAAGCGGCAGCUGAGCAACCUGAGCAACUCCUCGGUGGGACACCUGAAUGCCGCUCAUCUGAGUCAGCACUUGGAUUCACGGGGCUACUGCACACGAUUCUCGCUGUGUGCCUACUACUCGAGUCCACCUGGUCAGCUGCGUACUCGUUUAACUCUUCCGCCCAGUAAUUAUCCGCCCACAGCGCCAUAUGCGAACCUCAGUGCUCAUUUUGCGAGGCUCGUUAAGGCGGGGGGCUUAAGGAGUGCCAUCGUGAAGAUGCUGCUCUAUCCGCAGGCUCGUCAGAGCAUUGAUCUCAAGAGGAUAGCGCUGCGUAAGAAGCGUUGCCACAAGGCGGCCGCCAAGCUAAAGGAUCUCAAUGCCAAUCAGCAGGAGUCGGGGCAAUCGGAGCUGGAGCGGCAGGAUGCCAUCGAGUUCCCCACAGACUCGGAGAGCUUCGAAGAUGAUAUUGAGGAUGAGUUCUUGCAUUCCUGCGACUCGGAUCCGUUUGAGUACGUGCAAUUCUAUCAGAACAAACGCAACGAUUCCAUGUGCAACUCGGCGGGCACAUUUGUGGACCAUGGCACCGGUGGCCGAAGGCACUGUUCCUCCAUAAAUCUCAUUAAAUUGGAUUCCCUGGAUGCGGAUGAUGUUCUGGCACAAAACGAGUUGAAAAAGGAGUCGCUCAUCAUUGGUUCGAGGGCCCUCAGAGCCUUGGCUCGCAAAUCCACCAAUCGGAAUUCCAGUGUUCACACUGCCACGGCCACCUUGGAGCUGGGCCUCGGGGGCAGCAUCACGAACUGUGUAGAGGAGGAGUCGGAGUCAGAGAAGAUUUUCAGGCCCUUGCAGCAGCAGAGUUCUGAUGCCAGUUCCAUGUAUAUGGCUCGACUAGGUGGAGCUUUCACUGCCUGCGAGAACCUUGCCAGUAUGCCCGAUGAUCUCAGCCAGGAGGCGAGUGUCCCAGAGCCACCAACACCACUCCCAGCAUCUCCCACCGAACGGCACAGCAUGCCCACCAUUUUUGUGGGCAAUCGUUUCAAUGCCAGCAAAAAUACAGAGGUCUAUGUACCCACGUGGCGAGAUCGUCAGGAUAUGCAGAAACAGAGUGUAGAUGCUGAGCAAGAUGGGGAGUUGCACUCGAGUUCCAUGGAUCUGCCAGCGGCAUGUCGCACUGCUCCAGAUAAGCUGCAGGCGGAGUUGCUCUACAACUAUGAGGAAGCCCUGGGGAACCCCCUAAACCUGAAGCGAGAGGAUACAGCCUUUCAGGGUCAUAAUCUGAACUCGGACAAAAGAGUUUCCCACAAGAGUGACAGUCCUUCGACAGGAAAUCCCAAGGCAGAGCCAAAUCCCGCUGCCAGAAGCAGUUCCACCACGGAGCUUUGUAUAGAAACAGCCUCAAAGAAACGUAACCCACCGCCAGAAAGAAGCAGGGACUCUAUAAGGCGCUGUAUUAGCUAUCAAUUCAUGCAGAUGUCCAAUCGACCGCCACCUCCGCAGCCUCCUUCGCAUCGCCGGGAUCCAGAUCUCCAUUUGGACACCAAGUGCCGAUGCUGUGAGAGCUCGCAGUGUCCCAGCCCAAGGUCCAGCGAUAGCGUGGCUGGUAGUUGCACCAUAACCUCUCCUGAUCCUCCCAACCCAGAAUCUUAUUUUCCCAUGGAAGCCACUGGUCAGGAUAUGCUCGAUAACGUAGAGCCAGAAAGGUUCGAUGUGUGCGGCAUGUUUAGGGAAAAGUUUCUCACGCCGGAGGCCACACAAGAGGAGGUGGAUCCAAUGGAAGAGGUGCAGCAGCAGCAGCAACAGCAGCCACUCCCCGAUGAGCCCACUACGCCCACCAAUCGCAAAGAGGACUCUUCCUGCACCAGUUCUGCCCAAGUGCAGGUCAACACCAGGAGUAUUUUCUUGCCCUCCAGCUCCAGCUUGGAUGAGAACAAUAGGAAUCCACCGUCCAACGAGCUUCUAUUCAGCUCAAGUUCCACGGAUCGACUGGGACCGCAGGCCACCUUCCGUUCUGGGAUGUAUGCGCACUGGUGGAAGAAGGAGCGCCUGCCACCGGAGGUGGUGCGUGGCAUAGCUCACGCCUACAACAAGAGCCUGCCUUCCAAGGACUCGAAGGAUUCGGGUUCAGUGUGUUCCAGCUGCUUCUGUUCGAUGAUGGGAGCCAGUGGCUACAGUGAGGGUGCCCUGUACUGCUCAGUGUGCCAGAACUGUGCGGAUGGCUACAAUGGGAGCACCACCAGCACCACCAACACAGCGACCACCACCUCCAGCUGUCCGCUGUGCAGCGAGGAUGAGGGCAUGAUCGCCUCGAUCCACGACUCCUCCUCGCUGGACUGCCCCAUAUGCCAGGGCUUCCGCACCUCCGGCGCCGAAGAAGAUGUCACCGCCAUCGAACCACAGCCUGUUGCUGUUGCCACCCGGCGGCCGUCUGCCGGCCACGCCCAGCAGCAACAUACCACAGGCCAACAGCGGCGGGAGCAGCAGCCAUCAGGGAUCACCGGCCACCAACUCGAUGUCACAACACAAACGGAGCCAGUCGUUCAACCAUCACCUCAGCUACAAUCAGUACACGCACACUCAGCCUCCACCACAUCAUCUGCAUCCACCACAACCACCAAGUCUGCCAAGUCAUCUGGGGGCAGCCGGCCCCAGAUCAAGUUCAGUCCAGACACCAAACAGCAAGACAGCAGCUCCGGCCCUGGGGCCAGCCAUGGACGCCAGUCCAGCGGCAGCAGCAGCGGUGGCAGCGGCAACGGGGGGCCAAACGCAAGGAAAGGAAGCACAAAGGCUAACUGGACCAUCAGUUGCCUGCGUCCUACGCCGCCCUUGCGGCCCAGUUUGUUGAAUGCCACCAGCGGCUCCGGAAGUGGCAGUGGAAGCGGUAGCGGCGGUGGUGGUAGCAGCUCUAGUAAUGCUCUGGCCAGCUACUGUAGCGGCAGGAAGAACCAGCAGCCCACCUACGAGGAGGACGCCCUGGUGUUGCGGGUAUUUGAAGCGUAUUGUGCCGCCUAUCAGAACAGUGCCAGGAACACCAUCCACUCGGCCUUGCAACCCUGGACUCCAUGUCUGCCCAUACGCGGUGGCAAGCUGAAAACGAGCAAAACCUUCUCGACCUCCAAUCCCCAGCUGCCUUUUAUAGCCAAUGCGGCCGGCACCUCACCCUACCUCAGUCAGCAACAGCAACAGCAGCAUCUCCAGCAUCAUCAGCACCAGCCUCCAAACGGUCGCCAACAGUCGGCUGGCAGUCUUAAUUCCUCCUUCAUUUGGCGCGAGGCUAGUCCCAACAACUUUAACCUGUACUCCAGUUCGGUGUCUUUCUUAAAUGCUUCACCAGCUCAGAGAUACUCUCUGACAGGAGCAGGCGGAGGAUCACCUUCCAUCAAGGAUUACCAGAGCUUGUCGGAGGAGAGGGCCACAAGGAAGUCGUUGAACCGUCUUAAGAGCGGCUUUGGAUCGGGCUACGACAGUUGCACUUCACCAUUGCUGCCCAGGAAGAAUAAGCCAGCUCCUAAGCUGGUGGCCAACCAGCAGCAAUCGUACCAGCGAUCCCCAGGCAAUAACCAAACGACCACCAUUGUGAAACCGAAUCCUGGUGGCCAUCCCGGACUCUACGAUCGUCGGCUGAAUCGCUCCUUUGAGACCUCAACCUCGCAUCGCUAUGCAGGCUAUGGAGCUGGUUAUCUGAUGAAUUGCGGCGGAGCCUUGAGAACCAGCACGCUGCAGAGGAGCACACCCCAGUUGGCGGGCGGAGAACGAUCGGAUGACAGUGAUGUGGAGCGGGAGCUGAUCCGGGGCAAUGGAGCUGGUCCAUCGGCUACCUUGGAGCUCAACGCCGAUGGAAGUAAACGGCAGUCCGGGAGCUGGUGUUGCGGCCUAGAGAACGAGGACAUGACCCCCACAUUGCGCCAACUGUGGACAGCCAUUCGGCAGAUGCAGCAGGACAUGUCGCAGAUCAAGCUGCAGAUCAACGAGGAGCGAGCCCUGCGAGCGGAUCUCCAGCAGCUGCUCAUGCAGCACCUGGAGACGAGCAGCGUGAGCAGCGGGGCCAAUACGCCCAAGUGCUGACUAUGCAAGUGAAAUGGGUCUCGAAUGGGGCUUCCCCCGAACUCUGCAACAACGAAACGAUACCCGCCGCCGCUGCUUUUAGCUUUAAAGUUUUCCCACUUCUUUUUUUUAGAGACUUUACUUUGCAUCUCGCCGGGGGGAGGUCAAUUACCAAAAAGAAAAUAAUUAUCUACAAAUGGACUUUAUUUAUACAAAUCGUAUAUGGAUUGUAUUUAGCCAAGUAUAUAAAGUAUAUGUGCAUGUUAUAUUUGUGAGUGGACAA